AUGGCACUACCAACACCACCAUCCCCACCAUUAAACCAAGUAUCAAGCUCACCAAGCCAACCAAGUCAAGUUCAUCCAUCGCACAUCCAGCCACCUGCCUCAGCAAGCACAGCACCCAAGAGACAACAACUAUGCAAACGAUGUGGUCACUUAAGAAAGGGACACACAUAUCCAAAGAAUAGUGCAGUCAGAUGCCCCAGAUGCAGUAAUGGUGUGUGUGCGACCCAUGAUACAUGUACAUCGACUCCAAAACAUUCAACCGCUUUGCAACCAACACUCCAUUAUGGACACAUUGCUGAAUACAUCUUACCUUAUCAUCUUUCCCAAGCAACAAUUUUUGGUUUUCCAAUUGAGAGCAAUGCAUGUACUGUCAUUGCAGCCAUUGGGGCUAUGAAAUUUCUCCAUGGUGAACUCCCAAUGCCCUCUCCUCAAGGAAUUAUCUACACCAUUGCAUCAUUUGCUAACACCAUGAGGGACGGAAAUAUCCAUUACAAUUCCUUAGCCACGCCUUCUCAUCAGUUUAAUCUGGAUGCCAGGGAGGCCCUGCAGACAAGACAAUAUAACUUUGGACUGACAAGUUCACGGGACAUUGGGAUUGUUUCUCCAGCCUCUCUCACAAAUGAGCUCAAUCACAUAUGCAGAAGUGAAGAAAAUCUAUGUGCAAUACUUAUAACUUCUCCCGACAAGUCCAUGUUGCUUUGCUUUAGAAAUGAACAAAACAAAAUAGCACUUUUAGACAGCCAUCAACAUGGUAGUUAUGGUGGACUUAUUGCAGUGGCAACUUAA